AUGAAUGCUACCGGCUCCCUCCUCUCUUCUCAGAGUCUGCUGUCAAAAGGUACGGAGGACAUCAAUGCCACCUUCCUCUUCAGCAACCAGAGCAGCCCUGGAUUCUGUGAGCAGGUCUUCAUCAAGUCCGAGAUCUUUCUGACUCUGGGAAUCAUCAGUCUCCUGGAAAACAUCCUUGUCAUCUUGGCUGUGUUGAAGAAUGGAAAUCUGCACUCCCCUAUGUACUUUUUCCUCUGCAGCCUGGCAGUGGCAGACAUGCUGGUGAGUGUGUCCAAUGCUCUGGAGACAGUGAUGAUUGUCCUCCUCACCAAUGACUACUUGACCUUUGAUGACCAGCUCAUUCAACAUAUGGACAAUGUCUUUGACUCCAUGAUCUGCAUUUCCCUGGUUGCCUCCAUCUGCAAUCUCUUGGUCAUUGCUAUUGAUAGAUAUAUCACCAUUUUCUAUGCCCUGCGUUACCACAGCAUUAUGACAGUGAAAAAAGCCAUCACCUUGAUUGGGGCUAUCUGGGUGUGUUGUUUCAUCUGUGGCAUCAUGUUCAUCGUCUACUCUGAGAGCAAGACUGUCAUCGUGUGCCUCGUCACUAUGUUUUUCGCCAUGCUACUCCUCAUGGCCACACUCUACAUGCACAUGUUCCUGUUUGCCCGGCUGCAUGUCAAGCGUAUUGCAGCACUACCAGCGGAUGGAGUGAUGCAGCAACAUACCUGCAUGAAAGGAGCUGUCACCAUCACUAUUCUACUGGGGGUGUUCAUUUUUUGCUGGGCACCCUUCUUCCUCCAUCUCAUCCUCAUCAUCACAUGCCCCACUAAUCCCCAUUGCAUCUGUUAUACUUCCCACUUCAACAUCUACCUGGUCCUCAUCAUGUGCAAUUCAGUCAUUGACCCCCUCAUUUAUGCUUUCCGGAGCCUUGAAAUGCGCAAGACCUUUAAGGAAAUAGUCUGUUGUUGCAAUGGUAUAAGUUCAGGGUAG